CCGCCCGCCGCGCGCGUCUCAGGUGGGGCCGCCCGGUCCCGCCCCUGUCGCUCGCUCCGGCGGCGUCGGGCGGCUUUCUCCUCAGUUCUUCGCGGGCUGCGGACGCCGCGGGCUUUGCGGUGUGCGUGGCGGAGACGCAGGCGCGGGCGCGGGGGGCGCUCUCCUGCCGACGGCUGCCGACCCUCGAGGGCUCGUCGCCCCCGCCGCCCGGAGUCCGGAGACCACGAGGCGCCGCCGCGUCGUCCCGCGCUCGCCGGCCCGGCGGCUGCAGCCAUGUCGCGGGGUCCUGAGGAGGUGAACCGGCUCACGGAGAGCACCUACCGGAAUGUUAUGGAGCAGUUCAAUCCUGGACUACGCAAUUUAAUAAACCUAGGAAAAAAUUACGAGAAAGCUGUUAGUGCUAUGAUCCUGGCAGGAAAAGCCUACUACGAUGGAGUGGCCAAGAUUGGUGAAAUUGCCACUGGGUCCCCUGUGUCGACUGAGCUGGGCCAUGUUCUCAUAGAGAUUUCGAACACCCACAAGAAACUCAAUGAGAGUCUCGAUGAAAAUUUCAAAAAAUUCCACAAGGAGAUCAUCCAUGAGUUGGAGAAGAAGAUAGAACUUGACGUGAAAUACAUGAACGCGACUCUGAAGAGGUACCAGGCAGAGCACAGGAGCAAGCUAGACUCCUUGGAGAAAUCGCAGGCCGAGCUGAAGAAGAUCAGAAGGAAAAGCCAAGGAGGGCGGAAUGCGCUGAAAUACGAGCACAAGGAAAUAGAGUACGUAGAGACCGUUACCUCUCGCCAGAGUGAAAUCCAGAAGUUCAUCGCAGACGGCUGCAAGGAAGCCCUGCUGGAAGAGAAGAGGCGCUUCUGCUUCCUGGUGGACAAGCACUGCAGCUUCGUGGACCACAUCCACCGGUACCACCUGCAGUCUGCGGAGUUACUUAACUCCAAGCUGCCCAGAUGGCAGGAAACCUGUGGUGAUGUCACCAAAGUGCCGGAGAAAAUCAUAAACAUGAUAGAAGAAAUAACGACCCCCGCCUCCACCCCGGUGUCCGGGACGCCUCAGCCGUCACCCAUGAUCGAGAGGAGCAGCGUGGUUGGGAAAGACUACGACACCCUUUCUAAACAUUCACCAAAGAUGCCCCCCGCUCCGUCAGCCAGAGCCUAUACCAGUCCUUUGAUUGAUAUGUUCAAUAACCCAGCAACAGUCACUCAGAGCUCAGAAAAGACAAAUAAUUCCACAGCUGCUUCGGAAGACGCCAGCCUGCAGCGCUCUGUUUCAGUGGCCACUGGCCUGAACUUGAUGAGAAGGCAGAGGGUGAAGGCCAUUUUCCCGCACACCGCCGGCACCAACAAGACCUUACUGAGCUUCGCACAGGGAGACGUCCUCACGCUGCUCGUGGCCGAAGAGAAGGACGGCUGGCUGUACGGCGAGCACGACACUACCAGAGCGAGGGGCUGGUUCCCAUCCUCGUACACCAAGUUGCUGGAAGAAAACGCACAGGAAACCGUGGCUCCACCCACACCGAGCCCGGCACCGGUGAGAAGCGUCAGCACCGUGAACCUCUGUGAGAAGAGCAGUGUGGCCAUCCCCCCGCCCGAUUACCUCGAGUGUCUGUCCACGGGAGCAGCUGCCGCCCAGAGAGGGGGCACUGCCGAGAGCGCCUCCACCUUCAGAGCGCCCGGGUCCAGACCAGAAGCCACGCCUCCUGUGAGUAGAACUCGCCUGUGUGCUGGGUGCGCAAGUGUGGACAGGAAGGUGGCAUCCUGGGGGCGGGGUACCGGUGUGGGCAGGAAGGUGGCGUCCCGGGGUGAGGUACGGACGGGAAGGUGUGGUGUAGACAGGAAGGUGGCGUCCCGGGGUGAGGUACGGACGGGAAGGUGUGGUGUGGACAGGAAGGUGGCGUCCCGGGGUGAGGUACGGACGGGAAGGUGUGGUGUAGACAGGAAGGUGGCGUCCCGGGGUGAGGUACAGACGGGAAGGUGUGGUGUGGACAGGAAGGUGGCGUCCCGGGGUGAGGUACAGACGGGAAGGUGUGGUGUGGACAGGAAGGUGGCGUCCCGGGGUGAGGUACAGACGGGAAGGUGUGGUGUGGGCAGGAAGGUGGCAUCCCGGGGUGAGGUACGGACGGGAAGGUGUGGUGUGGACAGGAAGGUGGCGUCCUGGGGGGUGUGGGUGUGGACAGGAAGGUGGCCCCUGAUGGGGCGGGGUGUAAGUGGACAGGAAGGUGGUGUGCUCAGGGCGGGCGCUUUCUGCUGAGACUCCCUUCCCACGACCUGUGCCCUGUACCCGAGGCCUCCUUGUGUUCCGCUUUGCCUCGUCGUGGCAGUUACACGCAGCGAGCACGUAGAGUGCUGGAUUCUUGAUUCUGCUAGGUUUUCAGUCCGUCACAGCCGUGAAUCCUGGCUGCAGGGUUUUAGUCACCUAAUCGCCAUUUCCUGCCUUUUUCCUCCCAUUUUCAUGUUGUUUUCUGAUGAGAAACUUGGGUCAGAAGUGGUCACUUGGUUUUUCCUCAGUGUUUACUUUGUACCUGGCCGUGAUGUAAAGAAUGUGUGUGACCUUUAACCCCAAACCUGGCAAGAGCGAGCAGAGGGUAGGCAUGUGUGCUGGGCCCAGUCCCUGGCUCCUCCAGAGCUUCUGUCCCAGGAAGAGAGCCGAUAAUGAGAUAAAAAACACACAGAGCUGUCGAUAGUGAAGCGUGCAGAGCGUGGGGUGUACAUCCAGGCCCAGCCUGCUGGGAUCGGAGUCCUGGCUGGGGGCCGGCGCCGCGGCUCACUAGGCUAAUCCUCCGCCUUGCGGCGCCGGCACACCGGGUUCUAGUCCCGGUCGGGGUGCCGGAUUCUGUCCCGGUUGCCCCUCUUCCAGGCCAGCUCUCUGCUGUGGCCAGGGAGUGCAGUGGAGGAUGGCCCAGGUGCUUGGGCCCUGCACCCCAUAGGAGACCAGGAGAAGCACCUGGCUCCUGUCAUCGGAUCAGUGCGGUGUGCCCGCCACAGCGCGCCGGCCAUUGGAGGGUGAACCAAUGGCAAAGGAAGACCUUUCUCUGUCUCUCUCUCUCACUGUGCACUCUUCCUGUCAGAAAAAAAAAACAAACAAACAAACAAAAAAAAAAAACACAAAAAGAGUCCUGGCUGGGGACGGGAGAAGCUGCCGUUGGUGGGGGAAGGGGACAGUCCCUGCCUGGGACCUUCACCCAGGACGAUGGUGACCAAGGCCAGCUGAGUCGGUGCCCCUGAACUGCUGAGUUUUGUUCUGUUUCAUGCUUGUUUUCAGUGAGCACUGUGAAAGAAAAGCUCUGCAUGGUACUUGAAAAAAUAAAAACCUCUUUAUUUAUUUGAGACGCAGAGGCAGAGAGAGAGAGAGGAUGGAUCUUCCAUCUGCUGGUUCACUCCCCAAAUGGCCACAGCAGCCAGGGUAAGGAGGCCAAAGCCAGGAGCCAGGAGCGGCUUCCAGGUCUCCCACAUGGGUGCAGGCACCCAAGCACUUGGGCCACCCUCUGCCGUUGUCCCGGGCCAUAGCAGAGAGCUGGACGGGAAGAGGAGCAGCUGGGACGGGAACCGGUGCCCACAUGGGAUGCCGGCGCCGCAGGAGGAGGCUGAGCCUGGUACGCCACAGUGCUGGCCUCCUUGCUUUAGAAAUCCCAUCCCGAAUGCCUUUGGCACCCCUUCUCAGAUAAGCACUGAGUGACAUGUUGUUUGCACUUUUGACGUUCCAGAUUACGGCAAAUAUCAAACGCCAACAAAAGUGUUCCCCAAAAGUGACACGUGGUUCUUGAAAACAAAGCUUUUCCGCUCUGGGCGCGGCAGUGACAUCAGGGCUGGGGUUGCAGCAAUAUUCAAGGCCCUCAUGCUUCCUAAAACAUUCAGACUACUUGUGAAGUAGUUUGAAAUAAUAAUAAUAACUUUGGGUUUUUUUUUCAAAGAUUUAUUUAUAUAUUGGAAAGAGUUACAGAGAGAGAGGUCUUUCAUCAUUGGUUCUUUCCCCAGAUGGCCACAACACCAAAGGUGGGCCAGGCAGGAGCCAGGAGCUUCUUCCAGGUCUCCCACACGGGUGGCAGGGGCUCAAGGACCUGGGCCAUCUUCUGCUGCUUGUCCCAGGCCAUAGCAAGGAACUGGAUCAAAGUGGCGCAGCCGGGACACAAGGCAGCACCCUUAUGGGAUGCCGUAGUUGCAGUGGCCACUUCCUCCACUAUGCCACACCACCAGCCCUUUUUAAAGUGUAAAAGUUGGGGCUGCCGCAGGUGGGGCAGCAGGUAAAGCCGCCGCCUGCAGUGCCGGCAUCCCACAUGGGCGCCGGGUCAAGUCCCGGCUGCUCCACUUGCGUCGCUUGCCGUGAGUGUGAGUGGGUCCCACGCUGUGUGAUGAGUCCUGGGUCCUCCUGUCCCUUUGCUUGGUGCCGAUUUGUAAGGAACCGGGUGGGUCCGCUGUUGGUGUCCUUCGCCGCGUCCUCCCUCUGCCUGUGCUCCCAAGACUGGCAGUCGGAGCACAGGCCUGACAGCUCUUGUCACCGCUGGAGGUGAGCACCUCUGGUUCUCUGCCGAGCCCCGCUGCCUUAUCCAGGUUGUUGACGGCCUUCUAAGGUAAAGGAAUCCUGCCUAGAAGUGCUCGUUAGCACUGAGUUAAGGCCUGGUGUGGGGAGCGUGUACCCAGACACCCUGCUUGGAGACAGCGCGCUCAUCGGCCUCGGUGAGCUCCCACAUCGCAGUGGCUGCUGUAAGUGUGGCCUGGCCUCACCUCAGACCUCGGUGUUGCAGGCACUGCAGAGUGCCGAGGCUGCCCGGGAGCUGCGGGUUGCAUACAGGCCCUGGCCUCACUGGGAGCAGGGCAGGUGAUCUGACCCGGCUGCCCGCUCAGACUCCAGGGCGUCUCCAGUCAGUCCCCGGUUCCCGUCUCCCGGGCUAGCGACCUCUAACAUUGAUUUCCUGAGAACGCCUAGAGCCCCCACGCCGCGCACAGGGCCUGGUGAUAAUCCCAGGUGUCCCGCCUUUAUCCAGGGGCAGAACGCGACUGCUCAUGAACUCCCGAUGACUGGAAGUUGCCCUUAAAAGGCGUGGUCAGUGCUUUAGACAGGAUGGAGUCCAUCCCCCAGGGCUCCCGGCCACGCCCGACAGCGGCUGAGUCCCCAGGGCCGGUCAGAGCUCUGCUUCUGAAGGGCACACGCGAGGCCUGGGCGUGGCGGUGCCUCACUGCAGACAUGGCCAGCUGGCACAGCCGGUGACCACCGGAGUCUGCUCCGUCCUGGCGCAGGUCUGUACUCAGACGUGCUUCGGAGCCGUUCGCAACAGCUUAGCUGACUCUGUGCCCAGGGCGUUCACAUGCCAACAUUGAGGAUGAGGAAGGCCAUCCUACGGGGGGUUAGGUUACGCACUCGGCAGGGUUCUGGGGGGGCGGGGGCUAAGUCCCUGGGGUGCAGCUUGGCCGUGCACAGGAAGAGGCUGGUGGCGCAGCUGUGCGCACCGUACCUUGUAGGGAGACGCCUCCCUCUAGGCUCACGGAAGGAUCACACUGGGGUGUGUAGGUUUCAGUUUGUUCCAUUACACUUGGAAAGCAGUGGCUUCCUGGGGGCUGGCCUGAUUGAUUGAUUGAUUGAUUUUUGGAAAGUUCUGCUUCAGAAUAAUCAGAUUGAUGAAUUCUGUGAGCCUGGAGACAGACAAGAGUGAACUCCGGAAUGGACAGCACCCCCCGCCACUCUGCCAGGGUUUCCCUCCGAGUCGGGCGCGGGUCCCAGCAGCCUGCACGCUCUGGGGCCGGGAGGAACCACUGCUCCCUUGCUCAGAGUAGCGCCCCCUGCCUGUACAGCUGCUGACUCCGUUCACUCGCUCCGACGUGGACUUGUACGCAGGUGGAUGUUUCCCCUUCUGCCCGCCAGCGUCUCGGCGUCCUCUCGCUGCCACCAAAGCCCCUCUGGAACCAGCUGAGCCCACGCCGCUGCCUUCCCAGCACAGGCCUGGGUCUGGCACCCCGGAGGCCCUGGGGCCUGUGCUGCUCUUUAAAGCCAGUGAGGGUGUUCCUGUGACUUGUGCAAGCUGGUGUUUCCCAUGAUUCUCUGCAUCAGAAAAGCAGCAGUGUCCCAGGCCCUCGUGGAGGGCGGGAAGCGCAGAAACAGCUCCCAUGGCCCACAGUGGGUCGAGGCCACCGUGAUCUGUGCGUCAGAGCCGCCCUGACAAGGUGCCUCCCACUGUCCUCUGUGCGGUCCGUUGAGGUCCUGAGGACUUGCUGUGGUUCUGACCCAGGGGCUGAUGGAAAACACUAGCUAGUGGAAAUCACAAGAAAACAUUUAUUGGCUUCCAAGAACCAGUGCGGCUGGCAGUGUGGCGCGGCAGAUUAAACACGGCUUGCAGCACUGGCCUCCGGUAUCAGAGUGCCGCCUUGAGACCCAGCUGCUGUGCUGAUGCGUCUGGGACGGCUCAAGUACACAGGCCCCUACCACUACCUCUGUGUGAGGCCCGGAUGGAGUCGCGGGCUCCUGCCUGCAGCCUGGCCCAGCCCGGGCAGCUGCAGCCACUGGGGAGUGACGCAGUGGACGACCUCUUUCUUUCUGUCUCUCCCUUUCACUCUGUCAUUCUGCCUUUCAAGUAAAUUAAAAAAAUCUUUUUUUGCUUUUUUUAAGAUUUAUUUGAGAGGGUUACACAGAGAAGGAGAGGCAGAGAGAGAAGUCUUUCAUCUGCUGACUCACUCCCCAGUUGGCCGCAACAGCCAGAGCUCAACCGAUCAGGAGCCAGGAGCUUCUUCCAGGUCUCCCGCAGGUGCAGGGGCCCAAGGCCUUGGGCCAUCUUCCACUGCUUUCCCAGGCCACAGCAGAGAGCUGGAUUGGGAGUGGAGCAGCCGGGACUUGAACUGGUGCCCAUAUGGGAUGCCGGCACUGCAGGCAGCAGCUUUACCCGCUAUGCCACAGCUCUGGCCUUCAAAAUAAAUCUUUAAAAAAAAAAAAAAAGGCGAACGAUCGGAAGGCUUGAGCGCCUCCCUGAAAGGCACCACUGGCCGUGAUUUCAGGGGCUCCCGCCCCCUCCCGAGGACCCCUUGUAUCUGCGGGAUGUGAAGAACGAGGACAGGGCCCCAGCACAGUGGGUCACGGGCGCACCCUGCCUGUGUCGCUCACACAGGUUCCAGUUCUCUGAGUGACCUCCGGAUGCUCUGCAGUCCGCUGCCUCGCCGCCCGCUCCAGCCGGCAGUCGAGGGACACAGCUGCAGUGCAGGGAGCGGGCGUGGGUCCUGUCCCCCAGGGGGCGGCUCGGGCUUCAGUGCACGGAAGUGAGAGCUGGCGGGCCACCCGGUAGUGUUGCGCAUGCGCCUGUGCAGGGCGGCAGCCACGGGCACUCGACAAGAAGGGUGCAACCCGGGAGUCACCCUGCGUUCCUUCGCCUUGCGUGCAGUUAGCCGCGCGUGGCUGCCGGCUGCCAACUGGGUGGUCCGGUCCAAAUCGCAGAACGUUCUGCUAAGAACUUCACGUAGGCGUCGUGGGCGGGAGGCGGGUACGUGGCUGAGGCUCCGGAGCUGGCAGCCCGGGCACCUGCGGGUGCCGUCCAUGCUGACUGUGUAAACCGGCUGGUGGUGGGGAGCAGACACGGACCCGUGAGAGCCAGCCGUGCGAUGAACAUGGCACACAUCCUUCCUGCUGUGUGUGCCGCUGCGGUCGGUUCCGCGUGACCUUGCCUCUGACACAGCACUGGGCACGGGGAGCGCCCCGCCCUGACGCUCUGGGCCUCCAGGACUUCUGAGGCAGGUAGCUCAGGCCACAGAGCUGUGGCCGGCACCCUGGGGUGUCUCCAAGCCUGGGUGUGCUGUGACCGUGAGCCCCGGGGUGGGCUCAGUGGCACCUUCGUUGGCAUGGCUGUGAUCAUGGCUUUUCUCUGGGUGGGUCUUGAGGCGGUGAGCUGGGAGACCCUGGGGCGGGUAGGGCUGCUCUGCGGCACGGCCUGGGCCCGGGGCCCCUGGUCAGGCGAGGGUCUGUCUGCGGCUGGACCAGGCAGCACUCCCUUAGGGGCACUGGACAGUAACAGGUAGGGGAAGGCAUGGACACCGGGCACAGUGGCCAGAGUCCACACAAGGCACGCUUGGAGGGACAAAACCACAGGUGCACCCACUGGGCCGGUUUGCCCAUGGCCACGGUCAGCCUGCUGAGCACUGUGGCCUGCCUGGCCCCACAGCACCCAAGAAGAAGGGGGUGGGGAAGGCUGGCAGCCAGGAGCACUGUGCUGGCCGGUGACAGCAGGUGCAGUGUGGGGGCAGCUCCUGACCCCGUGACCCCGCACCCAGAGGAGAGCGGAGGUUUCCCAUCGGGACAGCAGCAGGUGUCGGGGAAGUCUGGCAACAGAAGCGAGCGUUUUAUCCGAGUCCUCACGAGAAUGCACGCGGGUUUCCUGAGACUCCGUUAACCAGCCGCAGCUCAGCGGAUGACCUCGCAGCCCCCAGCCAGCCUCCCCGCCUCCCCGAGGCCUGUUCUGGGGCGGCCUUGCGUGGACAGGCUGGCCCUGCUGGGCGGUGUCGGAUCGGAAGCUGACCUGUUCUGUUGGGGGUGUCUGGGCUUUCCCCUGUGGGCAGUUAGUUCAGGGCUGCUGGCAUCCGGGAGGCUUGGUGCCGUGUGCUGUGCCCUGUGUUGGGGCGGGGGGGAGCUGCCGGGCUCCGGGGGUUGUCCGGUGGGUCCUGCUCACUGUUGCCAGGAUUCGCUGUGGUUCUUGCUCUGACCCAGGGGCCCAGCGCCCAGCAGCCACAGCUCACUCAGUGCCACGGAGCUGCACCAGAAGCUGGGUCAGGGCCCGGAGGAUUGCGUGUGAGGGCUUGGCCAUGGGUGUCUCAGGUGGGGGACGGCUGGGUUGCAAGCACUUCCUCCCACUGCCAACUCCGCCAGAUUCCCAGCAAGGGAGGCCGCAGAAGGCGUGCCUGGGGCUGGGCGUGGCAUGAAGUGCACCUCCGCUGCCCACGCUGCCCUCCCUCCCGACCUCAGAGAAACAUCCCAUUCAGAGGCCAGCCGAGGCAGGGUGGCAGCCCCGGGCUUCAGUGCCGCCUGGGGUCAUACACAGCCCCCAUGCCGCAGCCUGCCCCCAGCCUUGACGGCCUGGUGGGACAGCCAGACCUGGUGCCCGCUGGUCAGACAGUGUUGUGCUGCCCUCUGCUGGGCACCCAUCUCAGUGGCACCAAGUGAUUGCUCUGAACAGCAGGUGAAGCCAGAAAGGGGAGGGCUAGCCCUGGGGGGCAGUGCUGGUGGCUCCUCCCUUCACUUCCUGGACUUCCGCAGGACAGCAGCCCCCAGACCUGCACGGUUUCUUUUACUUGCCGCAUUUCCGGGUCGUCAUUCAGGACUUUGCUCCCGAAUCAGACACCCCCGUCCCCUGCGAUUCCCCACUCCCGUGGUGUCGUCUGACACUGACUUUGCUCCCAUCAUGCACUCCAGGGCUAAGUUAGACUGCGCGCUCUGGACGUCACGCUGGUCCACGAGGCUGUGCUGUGGCACUCUGGUGUUGGCCAACUUCUGAUGCCCACCCAGCGCCCUCCCGUUCCUGCCCGCACCCUUCCCAGUGAGCCUGGCCAGGUCCUCAGAACACGCACGCGGGCCGCUCACCUGCCCUUCGGCUGCAGGGUUUUUCACGGCCUUCUGUAAAUAACGUCCCAAGUUCACCAUUCCUGUCGACUUUCUCUCCCUCACAGAAUGAUGCCAACGGAACCACAAAGCCCCCUUUUCUAAGGUACGUGUGACCCCCACCCUAAGCUCCACAGGCCACGAGCUCGCCCUCCCCAGGUGGAGGUGCGGGCAGCAGCCUCACGAGACCCCCGUCCCCAGGGGCGGGAGGCCGGUGACCUGCGUGAGGGACAGCGGGCAUCCUCCUGGCCCACCCGCCCACCCUGUACAGGAGCGUGAGGGCUGAGCCCUGGCUGGCGUGGAGAGAAGUGGCGCGGGCGGGGGGACAGCGCAUCUCGGCUCUCCUCGGGUGGGUUCUAUCCUGGGGGUCUCUGCAGAGGUUCUUUCCCCCACAGUGGAGAAAACCCUUUCGCCACCGUGAAGCUGCGACCGACGGUGACCAAUGACCGAUCAGCACCCAUCAUCCGAUGAGAAGACGCGGGCUCUCCGGGUUCCUGGGUGUGCGCCUCGCUGCAUCAGCGUAUUCUCAGUGGGACGCAUGUCUGUCUGAGACGAAUGAGUAGUAGCUUAAUGAUCGGCCCAAUCAGAGUGUUUCUUCCCAUAAAGUAAAUCUGGUUCCGGUACUUUCUCUCUCUUUUUUUUUUUUUUUAACACUACUCUGAGUUUCUUUUCAGAGUAAGGGGCAGUCCAGGCCUGAUGCCCGAUGCCCCUGAAUGCCAGCGAGACCAGACUGACAGCUCCGUGCUGUGAUGUUUCGCUAGAGAAUACUACGUCUGAGAUUGCAUCUGUGCAUGCAAGAAUUUUAAAUUAUGAAAAUAUAUAAGAUGUAUUAAUUUUUAACUUAAAAAUCUAAACUUCUGAUUAAACAAAUGGUGGCACGACCCAGGAUGGGGCAGCCCCCAGGCUCCUCCGCAGGCGCGUACCCGACCGCCUGCUCCUCCCUGCGGAUGCAGCGCCACGGUCAGACUGAGCGUGAGCCGGGUGGUGACCUGGCGCGGGUUAGGGCUGGCAGCCGCGGAGCCUGAGCCCGACACGAGCCAGGGCUGGGCCUGCUGUAGAGUGCGUGGAAGGUCGCACGGAGGCCCGGCCUGCCUGUCGGCAAGGAAGGCUUUGCUUAUCCCGGCUCUGCUCGCUCCCUGAAUACACCAUCUUCUUAGAAGCUUGCACGGAUCCAGGUCAGGCACAGAGAAACCGGUAUACAUGGACAGUUCCUGCCUCGGCCAUGAAGGCUCCUGGCCUGGGGCUGCUCGGCCCCCCACAGCCCUGUGGGUCAGGAAGGGAGGCUGGGGGGAGCCUUGCCCUGGGAUUGCAGUGCGCGUCCUGGGUACCAGGUGCGGGCUCUGUUCUCGCCGAGAUGUGAUGCCAAAUUCUAAUAAAGGCGAUUUGGAACCGA